UCACUGGGUUGGGCUUUGCCUCCUCUCGGAUUUACUUUCUUCCAUGAGAACACUUGCAAAUUCCGGGCACGCACAGCCAGCCAGUGGACUCGCUCUCUCUCUCUCUCUCUCUCAGCUUCGACAAACUGAUCGAUCCGCCCGGGAGCUUCCCGUGUGCGGAUGAGUUUCACAUCUAUCGAUGCAACUGCUGCAGUUGGUAAUUUAAAGAAAUAUUGAGCGGCGCGAAAGCAUUCUGUCGGGGGAGGUGAGGAGAGAAGCACCAGAAGGUUUAUCUUUGUGAAAUUGAAAGCAGUGCAGGGAGAAUGCGGUUGGGCUGUUUGCUGACCUGGUAUUCAGUGCUUUGGGUGUUGGUAUCGAAGGAGCGUCCUGCUUCAGCCGCUGGCACCUGGAGAAGGCUUACCUUCAGUCACCACGCCGUGCUGGAUGAGAACGGCAAAUACCAUUUAAGGUGGAAGCAUGAGGACAUGGUCAUCACCUUCGAGGUGGAAGUUGAAAGCAGGGGUUAUAUUGGACUCGGACUUUCCCCAACGGGAUCAAUGGCUCAGUCGGACAUGGUCAUUGGAGGAGUUGCAAAUGGGCGUCCCUAUCUUAAGGAUUAUAAUACAUUGAACGUUGAGGGAAAACUGAAUGAAGACCUCCAUCAGGAUUAUCGCCUCGAGUAUGGCAUGGAAAACGAAACUCACACAAUUAUCGCUUUCUCAAGAGAUCUGAAUUCAUGUGACAACAAAGACAAGAUUAUCACGGAUAACACUGUUAGGGUGAUUUGGUCAUAUCAUCCUAAAGAUGUGCAACAUGAUCAUCCACAAUAUCAUUCAUCAAACCGUGGGAGGAAAAGUCUUCACUUAUUGAACCCUGUGGUGGACACUUUUAUUCCUAGUGACGUGCUUGUAUUUGAAAUAAGACAUUAUAACGUUACAAUACCAAAAAAGGAUACCACCUACUGGUGUCAGAUCUUUAAACUGCCAGCCCUAACCAAAAAGCAUCACGUGAUAAGGGUUGAACCAAUUAUUCAGAAAGGUCAUGAACAUUUGGUGCAUCACAUUCUUCUUUAUCAAUGUCACUCUAUCCUGAAUGAUACGGCCCUCAGCUUUGGACAUGAAUGUUACAAUUCCAAUAUGCCAGAUGACUUUUUUAACUGUGAAAGUAUUAUUUUAGCAUGGGCAAUUGGAGGAAAGGGAUUUUCCUAUCCUCCCAAUGUUGGACUUUCACUUGGAACAUCAACUGAUCCAGUUUAUGUAAUGAUGGAGAUACACUACGAUAAUGCUAAUUAUCAGGAAGGAUAUAUAGACAGCUCUGGAUUAAAGCUGCUGUAUACACCCGUUCUGAGAAAGUAUGAUGCUGGAGUUAUUGAAACUGGCGUUUGGGUUAGUCUUUACCACAUGAUACCACCCAAUAUGUCAAGUUAUAUUUCACAGGGUCAUUGCACCAUGGAAUGCCUGCAGGAGGCUUUGUCUCUGGAAAAAACAUCUGGGAUCCAUGUAUUUGCUGUUCUUCUCCAUUCACACCUUGCAGGACGAGCUCUAAGAAUAAGGCAUUUCAGGAAUAAUGUAGAGCAACCUCUCCUUGCACAUGAUGAUGAGUUUGACUUUAAUUUUCAAGAAUUUCACCAUUUGAAGAAGGAAAGAGUUCUUCAGCCAGGUGAUAGUUUAGUGACUGAAUGCCAGUACAAUACUACAUCUCGCAGCAAUAUGACAUGGGGUGGCUUAAGCACAAGAGAUGAAAUGUGCUUGUCAUAUCUUCUAUACUAUCCAAAAAUUGAUCUUUCUAGAUGCGAGAGUCUUCCUGAAAUAGCUCCACAGUUGCAAUUUAUUGGAGUGAAAGAAAUUUACCAACCAAUCAGGACAUGGCCAUUUAUCAUCAAAAGUCCAAAGAAAUAUAAGGAUCUUUCCUUCACUGAAGCCAUGAAUAAAUUUCAAUGGUCUAGGAAGAAGGGAAGAGAAUUUAACAGUCUUGUACAUGGAAUUGAGAUGAAUAUUAGAUGUGCUAAGCACAACCAAGAAGAGUGGCAGGUACAUGGUAUACCAAUAUUACCACCAUCGUUAAAGCCUUGGGAACCAAAAUCAGAAAUGGAGCCAGUUACCUGUCGAACAACUUGGCAGUACUCUAAUCCACUCCCUGUACUUUUGUCAUUAAUCUUACAUAUUGUUGUUGCUGUAGGAAUGUAGUUUGUUUGUAUAAACUUAAAUGUUCUUGACGUUUUCACAUUUAAACUUCAUGCUGAAAUUGAAUUUGCACUGUCAAAUCACUUCCAUCUUUGAAAGAUAAUCCCUCUCAGUAAUAAAGUUACAAUUUUGUUAAACAUUUUUGCGUUGUCAUUUCAAUGAACCUUAGGACUGGCAAAGCAUUGCCAUGUUUCUAUUUUGAUUAAAGACAAGAAUCUCUUGAGCUCUGCCAGAUGUUGUGAAUUAUAGCCUUUUUACUCCUGGAAAUGAUGACAUCACCAUGAGUAUCGUGUGUUUCACAGCUGUAUUUUAAACUUUUCUUGACAAA